AUGAGUCGCCGCGCAUUGUCUUUCCCCAUCCGGUCGCUGUCCACUCCAAAUAUCAUCAAUUCCCCCACACAGUGGAUUUGUCGACGAUGCAUAGCAACGCAGGCUCCCGACCAUUCCGACUCCUCGCCGUCAACAUAUGAUCCGACACUUCCCUUUGCCCAGCGCAUUGGGCCAGAUGGACAACCAUAUGCCCUCACCAAGACCGAUCGCCUUCUCAAGAAAGUCUUGAAGCAACCAAGGAUACCAGUGCAGUAUCUCCAGCACAGCACAUCACAAAUCCUGCCCGAAGGCGAAAAGGAGCAGCGGGAACAGACAGUCCUGCACAAGAAGAUUGUCGGCGUGGUGGUUAGCUCUGGGAAGAUGGAUAAGACGGUGACUGUGCGUAUUGGAAGUCAGACAUGGAAUAAGCGCAUUGGCAAGAUGUUUCACAGUGCUGAGCAGCAUCUGGUGCACGAUCCAAAUAAUUCGCUGAUUACUGGGGAUGUUGUSGAAUUACACAGAUUACAUGUAAGCCGCCGAGUAAGGCACGUCGUGGCUUCUGUCAUUGCUCCCUUUGGCACGCCUCUCGAUGCGAGACCACCCRUCCCUACACCGGACGACCGCCUGGCUGCAUACAAAGAAUCAAGGUUUAGAAAAUUGAAGCGGCGGGAGUUGCGCGCCAGGGCUGCAGAGGGCGAUGCGGAGGCCAUUCAGUCAUUGAAAGAGAUGGGGCUGGAUCCUGGUGAUGGUGCAGAAACUGGUGUUGGCAAGACUAGUGCUGGAAAGGCCGUCAGACUUGGAGAGAAGGAUCAGAAGCUUCCCUCAAAGGUGCUGCCAGACGGAACGCAUGAGGUUGGGAGCAUCAAUGCUCGCGCCAAGAAGAACAAGGAAAAGGCUAUGAAACGGGAAGCGCUAGCCAAGGACAAUCUCCUCGAAGCAGAGGAGAAGGGAGAGUUGUUGAAGGAGAGAAACCUUGGGACCGAGUCUGUGUUGAGGUGA